CCACCGCCACCGCCACCAUCACCAACCGCUGCCAUGGAAGACGGAACUACUACUACUCCGCCGCCGCCGAGGGUGACCUUACCGACUUCAGAGAUGACCGUCGACUCUGUUGAACUUCAACAGAGUUCAAGUCAGGUAGAGUCUCCGGCCAGCGAAUCAAUGUCAACUGAAUGGACAAAUGAGAAGCACAGUUUGUACCUGAAGUCCAUGGAAGCAUCCUUUGUUAAUGAUUUGUAUAAUUCUUUUGAUUUACUUGGUUGGCGUUCACAAAGACAGCACUCAUCAGAUUCUAAAUUAUCGGGCCAAAAGCAUGCCAGCACUCGUUCCUCUUCUGGCCAGUUUAAGGUUCUUCGAGGUGGCUGUUGGGGAAAGAUCGAUUUUGAAAGGCAUGAAUCCCAAUUGGACAAGGCAGAUGGGUCUGGUGUUCUUUUAGCAAAUCCAUGGAUUCGGCAUUUCAGGCCUUCAUUCAGACACCAAAUUGUAACAUCUUCUGCUCUUCAAGAAAAAUCUGCAAUUGGAAAUCCAGCAGUACAUGUAAAUGGGAAAAUGGCAUUGACCUCCACUGCUUUGGCUGCUAAUUUAGAGCAGUUUCCUGCACGGCACGCUCAUUUGUGUGACGAUGAUUCAGCUGACAGCAAUACAGAGGUCACGGAUCAAAACUUCAUUGAUGAUGAUAUCGAAGAAGAGAAGGCAAACCAUCCAUGCAACGCAAAGAGGAUAAAAGCUUCGGUUGUUGCUGCUCCAAGCAAUGAUCAGGUUGUUCCUUUUGGCAAGUUUCCUGUAAUUGCAGACCUUACCAAGAAUUAUUUUUCCCCAGAAAGAGAGAGGUCCUGCAGCAGCAGUGAUUUGAAGUCCACCGAAGAUGGCUUUCCAUGAUUGGAUUCAACAUCUAAUCUUGGGAAAAUGAUACAUGAUUCUAUUAUAAUUGACUUGGGAUGGUAAUCUUGAAAUGCUUUGCAUGAGAUCUUGAGAUCGUGACUUUGCAAUCAGGGCGAGUGAUCAAACAUACAUAUGCGAAAAUUGAUGUGCAUUUAAUGCUAUAAAGAAGGGUACUGCUACUUAUGCAGGUAUUGGGUUAACAAGUGGUAGAGCUGACUAAUAAACAGGAGAGAUUUUGAUGAGCAUGUUGGUUUUGUAUUGUGGAUAUGAUGGUUGACAAUUAUGCUGAAUUCUUUUCCUUUUUUUUUCCCUCAGUUUUUUCUUUUUUAUUCGCCAUUGAAUUGACACGAGUUGUACUAGGUUCAUCAAGUAUUUGUACAGUUGGCAUUUUUAUGUUUCAUGGGAAUCAAGUUGUUGCUUUAUCUCUUGGCCAUUGAAUUGACACGAGUUGUACU